UCUAUAUCUUCGUCGCUCUCCGUAAGUAGUACCCUUUGCUUAUCCUUUGUUCACGAAAUCGAAGGCACUUCCGAGGAUGACAAAAGGGUGGAGCUUAAGUUCAUGGAGUAAUUUCAUAACAAUUCAUAUCUUACCACUUUGGAAAGGAGCGUCGUUGAAAUCCUCUUCCUCGCCCAAUUUGGAAAAAAGCAUUGGUUAUGCCCUUACAUAGACUUGAAAUGUCUCCAACGAAGUGAUGCAGUGCUGCUGUCGUUUCCGCCGAUUCCUCCCUGCGACGUCACCUAGUCUUGACUUUGUCUCCACCGUAUAUAAGAGGCUCGCGGUCAACAUAGCAAACCAGCGAUCAUUUCUACUCCCCUCCACAGACUAUCUACUCUUCAUUUACAACACUUGUAUCUCUUUCGAGAAUCGAAAUGCCCUCGAGCUUCCGUGCAGACGCUGUGCUCUUCGAUAUGGAUGGCACUUUGACUGACUCUAUUGCUGCUGUUGAAGCCGCUUGGGGAAAGGUCGCGAAAGACCUGGGGCAAGACCCUGCCUACGUUAUAGCUGCUACUCAUGGGAAGCGGGCCAUCGACAACCUUGCUCAAUUCAAGCCCCAAAUUUUGCCCCACCAAAUGGAGAGCGAAGUACAAAACUUCGAGGAAUCCAUUCUCUUUUUCGCCGACGCGUUCCAAAUUCACGGUCCUGGCUCACGACGCGCCUCUCCAGUUACCCUUAACUCCGAUUCAGCUGUAGACUCGGAGGCUGCCACUCCAUCUCUCACACCUGGAAGUUCGGCGACAUCUUCGCGUGCUUCUUCUUUUGCUUUCGACUCUUCACGUCGUCCGUCCUUUGUCGGCAGACUCAGCAGCGCUUUAAUGAUGUCUGCUGUCCCUGAGGCUGAUAUCGUCGAUCAGUACGACCCAGACUUCGAGGAUCCCUGCAUGGUGGAGGAUCAUUUAAGCGUGGUCGAAAAUCAGUGGAUUGAAAAAAGCAAAAUUCACCAACUCGAGGCAUGGCAAAUUGAAGCUGCUGCCGUCGAUCGUUCUGUUCGAAUUCUCCCUGGCGUGAAGAAGAUGAUUGACUCUAUCCCUGCCGGUCGAUAUGCUGUUGCAACCUCCGGUGCUAAAACAUACGCUUAUGGCUGCAUGACUCGCGUUGGUAUUAUCCCUCCGCCCGUCACCAUUACUGCCGACGACAAACGGCUGAAAGCUGGGAAACCCGCCCCAGACCCAUUUUUGCUCGCAGCGAGCUGUCUAGGUUACGACCCGAAGAAAUGUGUUGUGUUUGAAGAUUCACCGAGCGGCAUCCGAGCAGGCGUAGCGAGCGGGGCAACCGUCAUUGCUGUCUGUACUAGCCACGAGCGUUCGAAGAUUGAGAACUGCGGCGCUCACUUUGUUGUCGAGAACAUGGAGAAGGUGAAGUGCGAGCUGGUCGAUGAACAGCUACAUUUUACCAUUCUCGAGUGAUUCAAUAGUGCUACUGAUCCCUUCCAUUCCAUUACAUACUUACCCACACGUCAACUAUGCUUACUUUCUCUAAACUGUCUUGAUCAUAUCCUUCCCACUUACAACAAAUGGCUACCUUUACAUACAGUACCAGUAGCGUAUUGAUGUAUACCGUUAUAGUUACUUGUAUGUUGUAUCGAAUUAGAAAAACAAAUGUAACAUCA